AUGGGAUGCGGUGGUGUGGAGCAUUUGGGUGCUGCGUAUAAUAAAUUGGUGUUCAAUAAUGAGAGUGGAAAAAUGAGUUCAAGGGAGAUCAACAGUCCUAACAUAGCAUAUCCUGAAGUCAAACUUGUUGUAGGAAACAAUAAGCAGGCGACAAUGGAAAACGGCAUCAUUGGGGUCACUUUGUCAAUACCGGAUGGCAAUAUCAUUGGAAUAUCAUACAAUGGAAUAGAUAAUGUGCUUGAAGCUCGCAACACAUAUACAAAUAGAGGGUACUUUGACAUUGUUUGGAAUGAUUCCAACUAUUUGGGAUUCAGUGGGGAUAAAUUUUCUGUUAUAGAGCAAAAUGAGAAUCAAGUAGAGGUUUCAUUUUCAAGCACAUGGAACAUGGACAGAUCAAAUAUACCCUUGAACAUAGACCUAAGGUAUAUUUUACGCAGAGGUACUUCAGGAUUAUACAUUUAUGCUAUACUUAAGCGUUCCGAAAAAUUUCCUGCACUGGAGAUUGAUCACAUUAGGUCUGUUUUCAGGCUACAACAAGACCGGUUCCAUUACAUGGCUAUAGCAGAUGAUAGGCAGAGAGUGAUGCCAACAGCAGAAGAUAGAGCUACAGGGCAACGCCUUGAUUAUGAUGAAGCUGUUCUCAUAACUCAUCCAAGUAAUCCAGAACUGAAAGGAGAGGUGGAUGACAAAUAUCAAUACUCUUGUGAGAGCAAAGACAACAGACUUCAUGGGUGGAUUAACAUGGACUCAGCAAGCAAUAAGUCCGUGGGCUUCUGGAUGAUAACACCAAGUAUUGAGUUCCGUAAUGGUGGGCCAACCCACCAAGGUCUUACGUCUCAUGUUGGUCCAGUCACCCUCAAUAUACUUCUUACCCACCACUAUGCGGGGAAGGAGGUAGCCAUGGCAUUUCAGGAAGGGGAGCCCUUCAACAAAGUUUAUGGCCCUUUUUUUGUGUAUCUAAACUCGGUUCCAAAUGGACAUGAUUCACAAGCACUAUGGACUAAUGCUGCACAACAGCUAUCUGCUGAAAUCAAUAGUUGGCCCUAUGAUUUCCCUAAAUCAAUUGAUUAUUUCCAACCCAAUCAAAGAGGAACAGUGGAAGGAACAUUACUAGUCCAAGACCGGUACAUUAAUGGAGGGCGAUCUGCAUUCGCCAACAAUGCUUAUGUUGGUCUGGCUCUUCCUGGAGACAUUGGAUCAUGGCAAAGACAAAGCAAGGGUUACCAAUUCUGGACUCAAGCUGACAACAAUGGCCGCUUCUCAAUUAAAAAUGUUGUACCAGGGGACUACAAUUUGUAUGCAUGGGUACCUGGGAUCUUUGGUGAUUACAAAUUUACCACCAAUAUAAACAUCACACCAGGACGUGUGAUCCAAUUGGGUUCACUAAUGUUCAAUCCCCCAAGAAAUGGACCUACCAUAUGGGAAAUCGGCAUUCCAGAUCGCUCCGCGGCAGAGUUUUAUGUACCAGAUCCUUAUCCUAACCUCAUUAACCGAGUGUUCGUUGGGAAACCAAAACACAACUUUAGGCAAUAUGGUCUGUGGAGACGUUACAGUGAAUUAUAUCCUAAGGGGGACCUAGUUUUCAAUGUUGGUGCUAGUAAUUAUAGCAAAGAUUGGUUUUACGCUCAAGUAACCAGGAAUGUAAAUGGCAAAUUUCAGCCAACGACAUGGGAGAUUAGAUUUCAUCUUCUAGUUGUUAUAAGUGGAAACUACACACUACAACUUGCUUUGGCCGAAGCCACAACUUCUAACUUGAUGGUUCGAGUGAAUGAUCCUUUGACUCUUACUCCACUCUUCUCUACGGGAUUAAUAGGCCUAGACAAUGCAAUUGCAAGGCAUGGAAUUCAUGGAUUGCACUGGCCUUACAGCAUUGAAGUACCUAGCCAUCUAUUGGUACAAGGACAGAACACAAUCUAUCUCAGGCAAUCCAGAGGUGAAGGUCUUUUCGAAGGAGUUAUGUAUGAUUACAUCCGUUUGGAAGGACCUGAAACUUCGAGGAUUUGA